AAGGUAGCGGGGCGCAGGCAAAGGGGGAACUUCCGGAUCUCGCGGGAGCUCGAGGCUUGAGUGCCACGUCCCAGCAAACCGAGAACCGAGAGGAUCCCGGAGCCGGUGAGAACUCCCUGCUGCUCCCUUGACGGCGCUUUCCAGGCCUUUACCCCCAACUAGUGGGCCAUAGAGACGAGGGCCCAGAGAGACCGUAGAGCUGCCGAUCAAAGGCUAGAGCGGCGUCCGGGGGGCGGGGGUGGGGGGGGCUGCAUCCAGGAAGGGUGUUGGGGAUGAAGAGAAGUGGCCUUGGGAACAAUGUAAAAGGGGAGCAAGUAGUAUAGAGGCGGACGGAAGGGCUUCAAGGGAAAGCGGAUCCCGCAGAGGUUAGAGCUGAGAGUCAAGUAGAGUCGUCUCUGUUCCUCUGGUCGGCGUGAUGGCCAGGGGCCUACGGGCCCCCCACUGGGUGUCUGUGGGACUGCUGACCUGGGCGGCUUUGGGGCUGCUGGUGGCCGGACACGAGGGUCAUGGUGACCUGCACAGAGAUGUGGAAGAGGACUUCCAUGGCCACAGCCACGGCCACUCACAUGAAGAUUUCCACCAUGGCCACAGCCACGGCCAUGGCCACACUCAUGAGAGCAUCUGGCACGGGCAUGCCCACAGCCACGACCAUGGACAUUCACAUGAGGAUUUGCACCAUGGCCACAGCCAUGGCCACUCCCACGAUAGCCUCCACCACAGAGGACAUGGACAUGCCCACGAACAUAGCCACAGAGCCUCUAGGGAGGCCGGGGCUCCGGGCAUCAAGCACCAUCUGGACACUGUCACCCUCUGGGCCUAUGCACUGGGGGCCACAGUUCUGAUCUCCGCAGCUCCGUUCUUCGUGCUGUUCCUCAUCCCGGUGGAAUCGAACUCUCCCAGGCACCGCUCUCUGCUCCAGAUCCUGCUGAGCUUUGCUUCUGGGGGGCUCCUGGGUGAUGCGUUCCUCCACCUCAUCCCUCACGCCUUGGAGCCUCAUUCUCACCAUGUUCCGGAGCAGCCUGGACACGGACACUCCCACAGCGGCCAGGGCCCCAUUCUCUCCGUGGGGCUGUGGGUUCUCAGUGGGAUUGUCGCCUUCCUGGUGGUGGAGAAAUUUGUGAGACACGUGAAAGGAGGCCAUGGACACAGCCACGGACACGGAGACAGCCACGCACAUGGAGACAGUCACGCUCAUGGACACAGCCAUGCACAUGGAGACAGACAGGAGUGUUCUUCAAAGGAAAAGCGCAGCUCAGAGGAGGAAAAGGAAGCAGGGGCAUUGCGGAAAAGGAGAGGAGGGAACACGGGGCCCAGAGAUGGCCCCGUGAAACCUCAGAGCCCUGAAGAAGGAAAGGCAGGCUCAGACCUGCGUGUGUCUGGGUACCUGAACCUGGCUGCUGACUUGGCACACAACUUCACAGACGGCCUGGCCAUUGGCGCUUCCUUCCGUGGGGGCCGAGGGCUAGGCAUCCUGACCACAAUGACAGUCCUGCUACAUGAAGUGCCUCAUGAGGUCGGGGACUUUGCCAUCUUGGUCCAGUCUGGCUGCAGCAAGAAACAGGCGAUGCGUCUGCAACUCCUGACUGCAAUUGGAGCACUGGCAGGCACAGCCUGUGCCCUUCUCACCGAGGGAGGGGCCGUGGGCAGUGAUAUGGCAGGUGGUGCAGGUCCCGGCUGGGUCCUGCCGUUCACUGCAGGUGGAUUUAUCUAUGUAGCAACAGUGUCCGUACUACCUGAGCUAUUGAGAGAGGCAUCUCCAUUACAGUCCCUUUUGGAGGUGCUGGGGCUGCUGGGGGGUGUCGCCAUGAUGGUACUGAUUGCCCAUCUUGAGUGAGGGGUAGGGUGACCUGUCCUACCCCUAAUUCCUAAAUAAAGGCAGUUGGGAGCCCUUGGCCAGUGCUAUUGCCAGAAGGAGUUUUGGCCUUGGAGAAUGGUGUCUUUGGUAUUUGAGGCCUUAGCGGUAUGAGAAUCAUACAGAGCAUGAGAGGCCAGAGGGACCACGGUGUGGGAGACUGCCCAACAGUGGUGUUGGUUUGAAGGAAUAAAUGGGACCAUGAAGAAGGCUGGGAAGACAGUACCCUGCCUGGUGGUCUCUAGCCUACGUUUUCCCAGCACCAGCACGGGUCCUCCAAGGUCCAUCUCCCUCUGAACUGGUUAGUGAUGGCUUCAGAGAAGACCUGGCAGAAGGAGUGGGUAGACGUCAAUCGUGUGUCCUGAUUUGAAGGGGGGGGGCGGGUGUUCUUUGGGAAAAUGUCACAGCCUGUUUCUACUCAUUUUAUACCACUGUUUGAAUGGGUCGGGAGGACCGCUGACCAGAAAUAAAAGUCCUUGGAUCUUCUGCCC